AUGGCAUACCCUGCCGCCGGCAUGCCCAUCGGCGGAGGCAUGUACCCUCCUCCGGGCUACAUCGGUGCAGGCUAUGGCGGAGGCUACGGUGCAGGCUACGGUGCAGGCGCAAUGGUUCCAUACCGCCAAGGGUACAUGGGCGGCGGCUACGGCGCGUACCCUGGUUAUGGUGGUUACGCUGGGUAUGGUUCACCUCCUCCAUUGGCAUACGCUGACGGCAGCGGCAUGGGUAUGGGCAUGUACGACCCAUCGAUGGCCUACUACGGUACGCUUUCGCGGAACGCGCUAUACGGAGUAACCCACUGA